GUAGCCAUCAUCGCAACGCUUCAGGCUCAGUGAACCGUUCGCUCUCAUCCCAAGCCACCAGAAGUACAGUGAAUCACCCGCAGAUACGCCUGGACCACCGUGUAAAUUUGCACACAUAUCGUCCGACUCGGAGUUGCUUUACACGACGGGCAAAUUGAGCGAUACGAUUGUGAUACUUUUCUCAUGGCCCAAGAAGUAACAGAUCAUGUCGUCACACUCGGUCGCACCACGCUGGACAACAUUCACGCACUGAUCGGGGAGCUAGACGCUCUCAGCGCUGCAUACAAGCAGAGGCUGGCUAAAGCCACCAAACUCGAGCGACGGGAAUUAGCAGACCCGUUGCCAGGGAUUCACGAGUAUGUGACAUCUGUCAAGGGCACGGGGAACUCUGUUCAGCGCGUCUUGAAGGCAAGGGAAGGAAUAAAAGUGGGCGACUCUGAGGCUGAUGAUCAGGCUCGAGAGGAGCGGGACAAGAAGGAUACUGCUAUCAUCCAGGGCUGCGGCCUGAACCCACACCAGGAGCAGUGGGAUGCCAUCAAGCGCACUCAUGGCCUGAUGGCUUUCCGUCGAAGAUUCAGCGGGCACUCUGCAAAGCUCGGGACCACUGUCGACGCCGUUGUUGAGAACGGCACCGAAUGGGUCAAAGUAUCCGUGGUGACCGAGAAGAAACUCAUUUACCAAAUGGCACAAGAAGGAUGGAAUCCUGACGACUCAACCGAUGAGGAUUCGGACGCAAGCGAUGGCGAGAACACAGGGAUCGGUAUUGUGAAAACCGCCAGCCAACUUGUCAAGGCAGCACGUUCGAAUCGUUGCAAUACUCGAAUCCCAAGAGUACGUCUAGUGCUGCCAAACCUUAGAGAGGGACGCAUCGAAGCGGUCGACAAGUUGCUCAAUCGUAUACGCUGCAUGGGAGUUUCCAAGAGACAGGAGGGAAACGUUGAGAUCCUUGUGGAUUGCUCGAACAGUAAAUUCCUGGAAACUCCUAUCCCUCCUCUGGAGAAAGCUUUCGCCAACAUGUUUCGGGAUACCAACCUGGACCGGCUGACACCUACGGUUAACCUGGAGCUGACUAUUCUCCUCUCCUUGGCGUCUGACAUUGCCCACGCCGUGGUCGAGCCCAAAGAAUGGUAUUCCAUGCAGACGUUAUCCCAUCUAGAGGAUGAAAUACACGCCCCAGGUGAGAGGCUACAGGUUGUCUACAAUGCUCUGAGAGGGAGGCGGCUUGAGUGCACCUACGAAGUCGCUCGGGAGUUCUGCAAUAUAGUGGACGAUUUGGGUACCGAUACAACCAAAGCACGAGCUGCAAUCAUGUUUGGGUGGAGAGACAUACACGAAGGCCUCCAGAUUCUACGCCACGCCCAAAGCCAACCUUUGAAUGGCCGAGGUGACGAAAAUAUUGCCAUUGGUGCCCCGUCCGCUCGUACAGAACCGGAGAAUCAGCUCGACGAAUGGCGGAAGCUCUCCAUAUACCCAGUGCCGGACGACAUUCGAUUUCCGAUCUUGAUGAUUGGCGAGGAUAAGUUUGACGACAAACAAUAUUCCAAGUUGAUUGAAGCGGGCAAGCUGCCACCAGCGGCAAGCAAGGUCUGGGAGAAGCUGGAUCGACCUUACAACCGUUCUUGUCACCUGUGGGGCUGGAUGCAAGAUAUCACCACUGUAUCAGCUAACUGCCUCAAUACGAGGCUGGUUGAUGCCACAGUCGACAAGGAACGCAUUAGCGCGUUGGAAGUUGGGCCAAGAUUGUACCUUUCAGCGCUCGCCAUUAGUCUGAACACUGCAAAGCCAUGCCCGACCGACAAAUGGAACGAGAUCAAGGAUGCAAAGCAUGAAAGAAAGGACGCCAGGACGAAGGAGGCCAAGUCUAUGAAGGCAGCCGGGAUUUGGGGGCCUAGCAUGGGCGUCCCAGUGAAGUGGGACCAGAAGCAGCUUAGGAAACAGAACAGCCGGCAACGUAAAGAGGCCGUGGACAGUUCUAACGCCUCACAACGGUCCUCGUCAACUGAGGAAUGAUCUCGGUUCUCGGCAUUGCCAUGUUACAUCAGGGCACGGCGGCUACCUAGGUAGCUUUCGAAGAAAGGCGUUCUUGGAAUGGUUGGCUCCAUGGCUGCUACAUACGUGACUUUCCCAAUGCGCAGGGUCACCGCAGCGCACCACCGAGGGACGGGAGUUGUCAAAUGGCUGCAAAGCAAUACCAUGGCACAUUUUACUCAUCGUCGCCAGCAGCAAAUAUUGCGAGCGUUAGCUACCUACCAGGGUGAGGGAGGG